CUGCCCUAGCAACCGUUACCAAGAGCCUGGUAACUAGCAGAAAAAUUCUUGGGGCGAAAGAGAAGGAGGAGAGGGGAACGACAACGGGUAGCUGGGGCAGGAGGUCAGGAUUGUUUUCAGGACCCAAUUAUGAGUGAUCAAAUCAAAUCAAUUGUUGAGAAGCUCAAUAAGGAGCCUUUUAAGAAGAACUAUAAUUUAAUCACAUUUGACUCUCUGGAGUCAAUGCAGCUAUUGCAGCUUCUCAAUGAUGUUCUGGGGGAGAUUGACCCAAAGCAUGUUGUUGACAUUAGAGAGGAGAUGCCAGAGCAAACAGCUAAACGAAUGUUGAGCCUUCUUGGUAUCCUUAAAUACAAACCUCCAGGAAGUAUUACUGACCUGAGUACAUUCCGCCAGGGUUUAUUUAUUGGAAGCAAACCUGUGAUUCAUCCCGUCUUACACUGGCUCCUUCAACGGACUAAUGAACUCAAGAAAAGAGCCUAUCUGGCACGUUUCUUAAUUAAACUUGAAGUGCCAGCUGAGUUUCUUCAGGACGAUACCGUGGCUGACACCAACAAACAGUAUGAAGAUCUGAUGGAAGCCUUUAAAAACCUGCAUAAGGAAUGUGAGCAGCUCAAGACUUCUGGCUUCUCCACUGCAGAAAUAAGACGGGAUAUCACUGCAAUGGAAGAGGAGAAGGAUCAGCUCAUCAAGAGAGUGGAGCGUCUUAAGAAGAGGGUGGAGACGGUGCAAAACCAUCAACGAAUGUUUGAAAUAGCAAGACAGCUUCGAGUAGAGAAAGAGAGAGAAGAAUCUUUAGCCCAGCAGAAGCAAGAACAAAAGAAUCAGCUGUUCCACGCAGAGCAGAGGCUGCAAAGAGUGCAGCUCCAGCUGAAAGAGAUGCAACAUGCAGUCGUGGAUUCAAAGCCUGAAAGCUUAAUGAAGAGACUGGAAGAGGAGAUAAAGUUCAAUUCAUAUCUGUGCUCUGAAAAAUUUCCUAGAGAAUUAGAAAGUAAGAAGCAAUCAUUGUAUUUCCUACAAAAAGUGGUUUCAGAGCCAGCUAUGGGUCAGUCUGAUCUCAAUGAACUUGAAACUAAGAUAAAUGAAGUCAAUGCUCAAAUUAAUCAAUUGAUUGAGAAGAAAAUGUUGAAAUAUGAGCCAAUUGAUAGUAAAUUUUCCAUGUAUCGACAACAGGCAUCCAUAAUUUCUCGGAAGAAAGAAGCCAAGGCAGAAGAGCUUCAGGGUGCCAAGGAAGAGAUGUCAAACAUGGAGAGGCAAAUGUUACAGAAAGCAAACCAGGCCCGUGAGUUGGAUGGCACAGAAGUUUUGAAAGGUGAUGAGUUUAAACGAUAUGUUAAUAAACUUCGAAGCAAGAACACAUUUUAUAAAAAGAAGCGUCAAGAAAUAGCAGAAAUUACAGCCGAGUACGGUAUCCUGCAGAGAACAGAAGAACUCCUAAAACAACGUCAUGAGGCUAUUCAGCAACAGUUGCAAGCUAUUGAGGACAAGAAGGGUAUCUCUGGAUACAGUUACACGCAGGAGGAGUUGGAGAGAGUCUCUGCAGCAAAGAGUGAGAUGGAUGAAAUGAAGGGCCGAACAUUAGAUAACAUGUCUGAAAUGGUAAAAAAACUGAAUGCUAUGGUGGCAGAUAAGAAGUCAAGCUUAGCUCCAAUUAUCAAAGAAUUGAGACAGUUGCGGCAGAACUGCCAGGAGUUAACCCAAGAAUGUGAUGAAAAAAAAGUCCAGUAUGACAGCUGUGCAGCAGGUUUAGAAAGUAAUCGCUCCACACUUGAACAGGAAGUAAAAGGGCUGCGUGAGGAAUGUAUUCGGGAAGAAAGCUGCUAUCAUCAUACUAACUGCAUGAAAAAGAAUCUAGAAGUACAACUUCAACGUGCUAAAGAUGAGAUGAAGACAUAUGUUUCCCCAGAUCCACAAGACAGAAGAAAAGCAAUUAGAGAACAAUAUACACGAAUGAUCCUUGAACAAGAAAACCUUGGGAAGAAAUUACGAGAGAAACAAAAAGCUGUGCGGGAAAGUCAUGGACCAAAUAUGAAGCAAGCUAAAAUGUGGCGGGAUUUUGAGCAACUGAUGGAGUGCAAGAGAGAGUGUUUUCUAAAGCAACAAAAUCAAACUUCUGUUGGUCAAGUCAUUCAGGAAGGUGGCGAGGAUAGGCUGGUAUUAUGAAUUCGUUUAGAAUUCCUGCUUCUUACCUUGUCAUUUCCUCAGAUCAUUCAGUUGAAUAUUGCUUUGUUUUCUCACUGUUUCUAUACAGGUUACUUUUAAAUUAUUUAUUUUCAGUGGGUAAUAUAAAGUUGAAAUUAACUCCCAUGCAGAGACCCCUCUACAUUAUUUAAGUGCCAGGUUAACAGCUUAAGUCAUACGGAGGGUCUUCUGUGAAGCUUCUGCACUGAGGUGAAUUUCACUGUAAAGUCUAUGGAUCUUCCCAAAGAAACCAAUGGGAAGGAAUCUUUUCCCAAGGCUAUAGAAAGCUGGUACAGCUGCUACUGUAGCCCUAACACUACAUUUCUCAGGGGGAAGGAUAGGAAGUUCUGGUCCACCCAUUUCCUAGCUCAGCCCUCUCCUUCCUGCCUUGCCCGAAUUCUGUGCUGCAGAACCAAGCUCCAUGCCAUGCUAAAGGUGCGCACACUCCACUCCCAGUCUCCUUACACAACUGAAGUAAACUGAUUGAUUGUGCUGCCAGACGGACCCUUCAUUGGCACAAAGACAAGCAGGAUUUGAGAACAAUUACUUGGGUUCUGAGCUUUUUCCAUUUUUCUUCUUUUUAAAUAUGUGCUGUCUUCUAACUUUGCCCUGUGGUUGUAUGUUACCCUCAUGAAAACUUAAACUGGGGCCUAGUAAGAAAUACAGGCCUAGGGUUUCCCCUGCACUGAGGCAGCUUUGUGCUGCUUUAUUUAUGCAAAGUGAUUCUAAAGCAGUGAUAGCUGCCCACAGGAGGGUCAUCCCAGUGUAGGGGCAAUCCUCCAGUGAUGUAGAUCUGGCCCAAUUCUUCCUACAUAAAUUAGGGUAUGGGAAAAGUGUUUGUGGACAAGACUUCCCUGCACCCUGACUGGUUGUCAGAAUAGCCCCUGGAGGCACUGGCAGCCUUCAGACUGUUCUGAGAGACAUCAGGAAAUCCAUCUGGUGCACAGCUAGCCCAGGAUCAGAGGAGUGCAAAACUGGUUUGAAACCCUCCUUCACCCCUCCUGAUUUUUGCUGUGCACUCCUUGGCCAAACAGCCAAAGGUUAGAGCUAUAGAGUUAUGUCAUGGAGAUCAAAAUUCUUACUGCUUUUCAUAAUUUCUUUUGGCCUGUAGAAAAGCCAUUUGGAAAUUUCUAUCCUGUUUGAAAUAAAAUUGACCUAAUUUUUAAUAGUACCUUCAGUGGUACUUUGGGUAUAGCAACUAUUUUAGCCUUCUCUGAUAUUUAACUAUACAUCCACUUGCUGCUUUUUGUGUGAACCCCUUCCCUAAUCUGUAUUUGCAUUAAAUAUAUUUAACAGAAAUAGAAGAAAAAUAAAAUCUGGUGUCUAUA